CACCGCGCAUGCUCGUGGUGCCGCGGGGCGGGGCGAGGGCCCCCGCAGGCUGACUGAAUCUGCUGGGAGGUGGUGUCUCAGGUGACAUAUGUGAAAGGGGUAGAGAGGCCUUAUGUUUGAGUAGACAAGAUUUGAUGCUAAAGGGAAGAAACCAUUGGAGAGAAACCCAAAGAUUUGAGACAGGGAAGUUCAUUAUCACAAAACCAUGAGUAGAAGAUCUGAAGUCCACAUUUUUUGGGGUGCUCCAAUUGGUCCAUUGAAAAUGACAGUAUCACAGGAAUCAACUCCUUUGAUGUCCACUGCUGGCCCCUGGAAAAAAAUUCAACUGUUAUAUAAUCCACAUUCUUUACAUCUGAAGAAUGAAAACUGCAAGCACAAAAAUCUUGAAGACUAUCAAAUCCUGGAAGCUCCUGGCCCUCCAGAUCCUCUUAAUGGUCAUUUUCCAGCAAACUCCAUGAAUAGGUCUGUUCAUGUGAAAGAUGAUUUUAUACAUUGCAUUUCUGAAACACAGACUAUAAAAUUUCAGAAGAGUCACCCCUUAAGGAGGAGUGAUCUAACCAACUCUGAUGUGCAAAUAUGUGGAUUUAAGGGCAGAAUUCAGCAUUUAACUGAAGAAGAAAAGUGUCAAAAGCUUUCCAGUGAAAAUAAGAAAAUCACAGAUGAACAGCAUAAAGAUCAAUCAAAUAUAUGUGGUCAAAACAUCCAAAAAAAUUCCUUUCAGUUAGACCGUAAAUGUGCAGCUAUAUUGGAUUUGGUCUGUAGUACUGAACAGAUUAAUAUAGGGCCAGGAGCUAUGGAAACAAAGUGUGCACCAACAGAACAAAAUGAAAUACAAAACCAGUGUCUGGAGGUCUUUUCCUCUAACACAGCAGGUAAACCAAGGUCUGAGGGAGCAGUUAGGGAGGUCUCAGACUUUAAGGUAUCUACUGAUACUGAAUUUCUCAGUAUAAUGACCUCCAGCCAGGUUGCUUUUCUAGCUCAAAGGAAGUAUAAAGGGAAAAAUUCUAUGAAUAAAGGGACCACAAACAUGGAGAUUGAACCAAAAGCAAGUCAUGGAGAAGUAAAAAUGCCUGAGGAUAAUUUGAUUCAGCCUGAUGAUGAUUUUGCAGAAGGAUACGAGAGUGGACAAAACCAAGCACAUUCCCUUGAACUUUUUAGUCCUGUCUGUCCUGAAACAAAAAGUAGCCAUAGUCACAUAAACUCUGAUGAAGGUCUCGAAGAAAAUAUAGGAUCUCAAGAACUUUUCUGUUUGAAAGAUAAGCUGCCACCAAAUGAGAUAUGUAUUGAGUUAUGUAGCUCAGGGAUACUGUGUUCCCAACGAAAUACCUUCCACAAACGUUCUAGUAAAAGAAAUGGGACCCCUGAAGAUAAAUUGGGCCAUCCUAAGGCUCUCUCAAAAGUCCUCCAAGUAUCUAAGAAAAUUAAGUUGGCUUCUAAGGCUGUAGCAAGGGACCAGAGGAACGUGUCUGGAUUUAAGGGUAUUAAAAAAACAUCAUUAAUAAAAAACUGUGAUUCUGAAAACCAGAAGUAUAAUUGUUUAGUCAUGGUGUUAUCUCCAUGUCAUGUGAAAGAAAUAACUAUAAAAUCUGGACCAAAUUCUGGCUCUAAAGUGCCUUUAGCAACGAUUGUAGUAAUUGACCAAUCAGAAAUUAAAAAGAAGGUUUUUCUGUGGAGGACUGCUGCAUUUUGGGCACUUACAUUGUUUCUUGGAGAUAUAAUUUUACUCACAGGUAAGGUCAUUAUGGUAUAGCAGAUGUUUAUUUUAUAAGCUGUAGGCUUUUUUCUCCAUCCCACUUGAGGACCCUUUUUCCCCAUUGGCCUGUCUGGGCACCAGCGUGAUCAGUCCCUUGCUUGUGGCCAUGUUGGCCUCCUUACCAUUGCCCAGUGUCCUGUGCGUUGCCAUUUCUGGGCCUUGGUUCCAGCCUUCGUAGUUCUGUCCCUCCUUUCCAUUCACCUCCCUCAGAAACCUUACCUGUGCCCUCCUAUUCAUUCACUAUAUUAGCUUUCAAGUCAUACAGUCAGGCUCAUUCUUUGUUUUCUUAUGGUUUUGUCUGUCUUAUUUUUAACUCCUUUCUUUAACUAUAUUAGCAUUUUUUGAUGAAAGGACAGUGUUUCUACUACUUAAUUCCUAGUAAUGCUGUGCAUAUUACUUUCUUGAUAAUUUCUAUUGCAUUUUAAAAUUAUUGAAAUUAUAUUAGUCACAUUUGGAAAUCUGGAAAGGAAAACUGAUAUUAUACCAACCUCAUAUAACCAGCAGUAGAGUUUUAGAGUGUUAAUUUAGCUUCCAGUAAUCUUCCCUAU